AUGUCCAUCCACGCAGUAGCAUGUCGCAUUGUUGCCAAAAGGCUUGGUGGAGCUGUUCCUAGCACUUCAGAUGGUAUCAUUAUCAGCUUUCUCUCAACAGUGAGAUGGAAGAAUAUUGGUAACAUACGUAAUUUUUCCAGUGAUACGCAGUUUGCUUUUGCAACAGAAUUGCAGAAUCUUCCCAUUGUUCAAUGGUUCGACCGAUCGGUAAAAACAUCGUGUAGUUAUGCACAAAGUUUGAUUGAAAAUUCUGGCUUAAGUAAUACUCCGCUUGAACAUCUGGGGCUAUAUACCUGGUGGAAACCAUCAUCGUGGUACCGAGUGUUCUUGGAAUAUCUACAUACCAACUACGAGUUGUCUUGGCUUGCUACUAUAAUAUGUGGUACUGUAUUGAUUCGAAUAGCUACACUCUAUUUGCCGGCUUUAAUUUUGUGGAAGAGAACGAGAUUCGAAAAAGUCAGGCGUCCAUUUCUACAUCGAAUUCAGAGUCGAGUUGGUUCGAUCAUAUUGUACUCUUCAAGUGCUGGGAUUUUCUUGACUCAGUACUGCUGUAUUAAGAAAAUGGCCGAAGUUGUUUAUCCGAGCUGGACGACAAGUGGAGUGUUAUCGUUCACUGAUCUAACAGUAUCCGAUCCAACUUUUUUGUUACCCACCCUAACUGCUAUUUGUUUAACUUUCACAAUUAAGAAAUGGAUUGAAACAUUGCAAAUGCAAAAAACAGUAAGCAAUUGGAUGAUCGGAUUAAAGUCAAAUAGUACGAUAUAUCCAAUCGCUGCAUGUUCAUUUUUCGUUGCUAAUAACGUCCCUUCGGCUGUGUGUAUUUAUUGGAUUACUUCGAGCUUAAUUAGUAGCGUGCAUGCAAUGAUGUUGAAAACUGAUGCAGUGCGUUCUUUUUUACAUUUGCCUGAUGUUCAUUCAAAUCCCGUGGAAGCUCGACGUAUCGAAUUGUUAAACUAUAUUUCUGAGACGAGGCGGAAUAGAGUAAAUGAAACAUUGGAAGCCCAGAAGAGAGUUGCUGAAAUUGAGAAAAUUCAAAGUGAUCAAAUAUCUAAAUCUUUUGUGAAAGAAACAGAAAAUAUUGGUCUUGAAAAGGAUUUGCUUUUUCGAGAAUUCUGGAGAGAAGAUACUCUAUCGUCUUCAAAGAUUGCUGAAUUAAUGGAGCAGUGCAUACAGGAAGCAGUACGAGAAAGUAUGAUGAUGAAACCUGGAAAACCAAAUUCCAUUACAAGAACUAAUUCCCGGAAAUUUGAAAUCGACAAAAUUACAGCAGGCUGA